GUGGCACGACAUUGCUGCUAAGAGGUAACUUGCUGAGCAUUAGUUGUACCCUGCAUGACGGCAUGUGGCACGACAUUGCUGCUAAGAGGUUCGGCAACGUCCUGGAGCUGACAGCAGACGACGGCGACAGGGAGCUACAGAGGCUGUCACAGGAGGAAGAAAUGUCAUCACUCGCCGCUCCUGUGCAGUGGCGGGAUGAACAUUUGUGGGGAGCGGAUGCUCCUCAUCCUGGCGGUAAAUCUCCCAGAUCCGUUGGCGAAAAGCCCGUCAUUCACACGAAUUUCAAAGAAGGCUGCCUGGACGACGUGCGUGUGAACGGUCGACGGCUGCCGAUGCCCCCGGCCCUGAACGCCACCCGCUGGGGGGCUGUGGAGGCUGCGCUGGACCUGGCGUCGGGGUGCGUGCCACCUUCAGCCUGUGUCAACGCCACCUGCUCUCCGCCCUACAAAUGCCUGGAUACUUGGAAGCAGUUCACGUGCGACUGCGGCGAGGGCUUCCAGCUUAGUCCCGACGGCUCCUCCUGUCUGGAUGUGGACGAGUGUCGCUACGAGCCUUGCCUCAACUUCGCCUCGUGCUCAAACUCGGUGCCAGGCUACCACUGCUCCUGCACUAGCGGCUACGCAGGCCACAACUGUGAGCAGCAGGCCGGACCCUUGGCCUUCCCCCUCGGCGGCCUGCCUGUCCUGCUGGCCUUCACCUUCUCCCUCGCUGCUGUCUUGGGUUUGCUGGCGAUUGCAGUGUCAACUUAUUUUCUAAGGCGCCGGAAACUCGAACUCAAGACAACGUCAGUCGACGGAGCAGCAAGUAAACAAAAACAACAACAAGUCAUAACCUCAACAAUCAUAGACUCCUCCAACCUCUCCCCAGUGCCUUCUAAAGAAUCUAAGAAAACUAUUUCCAUAGAGGAGCCAUCUAGCGAUAAGCAAUUUCCUAAAGAAUCGAUGAAAAACAUGACAUUAUUUUCAAAACCUUCUUCGAAAAAUGCAGCGCUUUCCAAAGGACUGCAAAGGAAGAGUUCAUCAUCCAAAGAAUCCUUCUCUUGUGAAGGAAUAAAUUCAGUAGCCGGCCACGCCAUCGAGGUGCGCUACACGGCCAGCGCCGCCACACACACGACACUCGCGCCCAGCGUCUGCGAGCUGCACGCGCUCCAGCACGACGCCGUGCCUUGCUUAGGGCGCUCCAACCCCGACGCCGUGCCUUGCUUAUGGCGCUCCAACCCCGACGCCGUGCCUUGCUUAUGGCGCUCCAACCCCGACGCCGGGCCUUGCUUAGGGCGCUCCAACCCCGACGCAGUGCCUUGCUUAGGGCGCUCCAACCCCGACCUCACAGGCGAGGACGUGACGAAGUCUGGCCAUGCAGGGCCACUGAACGCUCUAACGCUCAUGGCACCUCGAGGCUAUAGAGACGAAGAUGAGGUCCAGCACAACAAACUGCGAGAUGUUAUAA